UUCCUCUCAAGCCCCUCAUGUGAUGACAAGUACACACCACCACCCCCGUCCAAAGGGAAGAAAAAGAAAAAGAAAUCCACACGUAAGAAGAGGAGGAGGUCCCUAUCGUAUAGCCCCUUGCCUGUGAAGAAGAAGAAGAAGAAAAGCUCAAAGAAACGAAAAAGAAACAGGUUAUCUUCAAAGAAGAGAAGACACAGUUCCUCAAGCCCAAAAAGUAAAAGAAAGGAAGAAAGAAAACACAAAAAACACUUGGGACCCUUCAUUGAACCUGUGGCCCCAGAUGUGCUCUCGCAUCGCCCCCGCCCCCACCAUUCCCGCUCGGAGAGCUCCGAUUCCCUCUCCUCUAGCUGCCAAAGCAGGCGUAGAGCCAGGUCUCGGGAGGAAGGCCAUAAAGCAAGACGUAAACGCUCCCAGCAUGGUUCAAAGAGCAUAGAAAAGAGAAACAUUUCUGCGGGGGGCCAGGCCAGCCAUGCUCCAAGCCAAACCCUUCCAAUCUACAGCUUUCUCUCGGCUAAGGAAGUUAUCUCUCAGUCGGGGUCAUCCGCUGACCUCUUUACCAAAACAGACAGCCCGCUUGGCAACCUAGCCAGUCGGAAUGGAGAGUCACACGAAUUUGACUCAGGAAACGAUACUUGCUCCCCUCCUUCCACUCAGAAAAGCUCAUCUAGGCCUAAGGACAACCAGGAGAAAAGAAGCCUAGCCCACAAUGGCUUUGGCCGUGCCCUCUCACCAGGGAAGCCCAAACCGGCUAACAGCGAUAACAGCUCUGAUUCAGGAAAUUCCUUCACCAGUUGUUUUUCCCGGAGCAAGGGAACAACUUUGGAAAAUCCCUCUCCAGAAGCCCAGGGACAGGAUCAAAGAGGUUUCCGGUCCCCGUGUCGUGACGGCGUGGCAGCGAAGAAGCAGAGCCCCCUGCAUGUGCCUGGCCGCGGGCUCCCGCAGCGGUCGUACACCAGCCCAGGGAGGUCCUCCCGGGGCUCCAGUCGCUCCGCCCGCUCCCGCUCAUCGCAUCACAAGGCCACGCCCAGGUACUCCCGAAGCAGAUCCUGCUCCUCGGGAAAAAGGUCCUAUUCCCGUUCCCCCAGCUACUCAUCCAAGUCCUGCAAAAGAAGCCCUGGAAGCAGGACCUCACGACCGCGUCGGAGCCCCAGUUAUUCCCGCUACAGCCCUAGCAGACUGCCCUCCAUUCCUCAGUGCACCUGGAUUCCGGCCGUGGAAAGGUCCCAUUAAGCAGUUGUAGAGCGGAGUGAUGCGGCAUGACCUGCUUUUUCAGGCCUUUGAAGAAAGUUAAGCCUGCAAAAUGUAUGUUGAAUUUGAUGGGUGAGGCCUGCUGAAAUGUGCCGCCUUCACUUUGACCCCUUUUGGAAGCAGAGCACUCGUUGGUCUGGUGUUGCAGCUCACUCCAGGCCCAAAGGGCCGGAUGAAUUUGAAAAUGCCAGUCCACAGGCCUCUUGGAGGGCUUGGGCCAUUGUCAGGGAAGUAUUUUCUUGGUGCAGAAAAACAUACAAUCGCCAAUUGAGCAGCAGUUAGCAGAUGGGAUUUUGAAGGCUCAUUGAAAUGCCCUGUGCACAGGGAGCUUACAUUGGCUGACUUGGUAAAGCGCGCUGUGCAGAGAACAAGCUAGCAGCAGUGCCAACAGCCUUGCUCAGCUCCACAGUACGGUUCUUUUUGGCCCAGAACAUUAUGUGUGCUCUGUAGGAAUCAAUGGUGGUUUCCUUACCAAAAUGCCUUUUGCCACUUAGGUCCUUUGCUCACUUCUACUAUGCGUUCCCACAUUUCAAGCUGUAUGAGCAUAGGCUGGCUGAAAUCUAGGGGGGAAGGCGCUCGUCCUGGCCAUAUGGAAAGUUGCACAUUGCAGAAAGGUUGAGGGACUUCCUGGCCAAAAUACCUUAGCAGAGAGCCCUGGCAACAGCUCAGCAUUGGUCUUAAGGGCUUAUGCACAACCCAGGCCAGGAAUACAGAAACAGGUUUGUAGGACAAAGGUGAUCAUCCAGAUUCUGCACUAGGGGUCAGUUACCACAGGGAAGUGCUGAACCAGGAUGUAAAAUGUUCCCAAGUGCUUUCUAUCCUGCAGGGUCUCAGAGAGCCUCACUCUUUUUAUAUAGGCAAUGUCUACACUGCAUGUUAUUUUCGGAAAAAGGUAUGCAAAUUGCA